CGGUUGCAAAGAUGGUACGACGCGCAAUCGAGUAUUCGAGGGUCUCCAAAGGCCUGCUUAGUUACACUGGCCAGGAAUGGAGGACUUACUAGAAAUGAGUCAGAAGAGAGUUAGAGAGUUCCACGAACAGGAGAUUGACUGGCGUGACCGGGUGACCAGAAAGAAACGCUAGGACCUCAAGAAGGCCCUGCAGCUCUACAAAGACCGUCCCCUACUGACCACGCUAGAGAGCGGCGGUCCUGAUUGAUUGGAAGACCUGUUCCCGAGGUAAACUAGAGUAAACAAUUCCUCCGAGCUUCUCUUAUAUAGCAACAUGUUUGCUUCUGACUUUCACCACUACAUCCUUCCGACCCACGGCACUGCUCAUCGCCAUUACUUGUCGUAGCUUGUCACUGUGGUAGACUCGAGCUGCUUGGGCUGCACUGCCCUCUUGGCAUCAGACUGCUUUGCCUCUGAUACUCCGAACUCGUCUUUCCCACAAUCAAUUUUCCUUCUUUUCCAACGGGGAAUUGACAGAGCGAAGCAGGUUUCUUAGCUCGCCCUGUCUAGAAAGAAAUCGGCCAGCUCGUUUUCUCCACUGUGUUCCUGUUGUCCGUGUCUAUGUCGUUGAAGGUCCGUGUGGAGAUGAAUACAUGCUCACAUAGAAACCUCCCCGGCUUGUAACAGCUUCCUAUCGGUCAGGGGGAGAAUGUAAGCUCGAUUGGACUGAGAAGAGACGGCGAGAGGUUGCGAGAGACGUUGGCUGGAAUUGUGUCGCUGCGCUUGGUAAGGGACUUGGGAUAAUCGUUGAGAGCGAAGUCUGGAGGUCAUACAGGGAGAGCUGAUACAGCUGCCAGCAGAAUGGCGAUGGCGGACGAGAGGAGGAGGGUUGCAGAUGUAGUCAGCUUUUUCCGGGGAGAGAGGGCUCGGGUGCAAUUAGCUCUGAUAACCGUGCAGAUAGGAUAUGGAGUCUACUACGUCUUGACGAAGGCUGCGAUGAGCGGAGGCGUGAAUCGCUUUGUCUUCGCCGUGUAUCGGGAUGGUAUAGCUCUGUGUUUGAUCUGUCCGCUGGCAUACUUCACCGAGAGAAGUCUGCGAACUGCCAUGAGUCUCGGCACCUUUUUGUACAUUUGCGCUCUUGGUUUCACGGGCAUUUUUCUGCAGCAAACUCUGUUUCUCGCCGGUCUGGCCUACACGAACACCGCCUUCGCAGCUGCCAUGCAGAAUGCGAUUCCGGUGUUCACUUUCAUGAUUGCCGUCGUUUGCAAGCUCGAGGUGAUCCGCAUCAGCAAGCCUGACGGAGUUGCCAAGGUAGUAGGCUUGUUCGCUGCCGUCCUCGGAGCCUUCACCAUGUGCCUCUACAAGGGUCCGACUCUUUUCGGACAGGAUGCGAGUGCUGCUGAUGAGCAAAGUUCGAGCGAGGAUGUCGCCCUUCCUGGAGCAAAUGCAUGGCUAUCGUCCUUGGGAAUGGACUACUGGCAGAUCGGAGCUCUGUGCCUGGUGGGCAACUGCUUCUGCAUGGGCAUCUACACCAACUUGCAAAUUCCGGCUCUGAGGAGGUUCCCCGCCCCUGUUUCGCUCUCGGCCUGUUCCAUCUUCGUCGGUGCUGUGCUGCUGGCCCUCACCGGCCUGGCAACCGUCUCUCAAGCAUCGGAGUGGGUUUUGACAUCCCCGGGGACCAUCGUCUCCGUAUGCUACGCCGGUGCAGUUGCUUCAGGACUCAACUUCACUCUACAGACCUGGGCUAAUCAGCGAGGGGGCCCUGUUUUGGUGGCAGCCUACAUUCCUCUUCAAACCGUUUUCUCUGCAUUUCUUGGAGUGGUUAUUCUCGAUGAUCCGCUUUAUCUGGGCAGCGUGAUUGGAGCUGUUCUGAUCCUCGUCGGACUGUACCUUGUGAUCUGGGGCCAGGCUCUGCACCGACUGGCGAAAGAGAGAGAUUGCCUGGCUCUUCCAUUCAGCGGUGUGGUGGACGACGUACAGGAACCGCUGCUUAAACCAUCGCAAAGUCGGGCUUCAAGCUCAUACGGAACCAUGCCUAGAUCCUGAACGAACGAUUUAUACCGUGUGUGCCGACAAAGUAUGAUAUAUACGCUAAUCAACGACAAUCUUCGCUCAACUUUGGCUUGAGUUUGUAAAUGUGACACAUUCUGUCCGACCUCGUUCACCCUCAGCCUCAUAUUCUCAAGGCACAAACAGGGCAUGUAACAUAGCAACCUCUAGAUAUCGGGAGACCUCUAAGCAGGAUUCAGUAAAGCAUGCAGAUUGCAUGCUUUACAGAAGCUGCGUACCCCAUGUAUGAUUCAAUAUACUCUGUUAGGAUCCAAUCUCAUAUGUUCACCUGAUCUCAUUGACACUAAAAUUAUGGUUGUACUCCAGCCUUGAGAAGGCAGUAAUCAGCUCGCCUUAUUUAUUUAAAGCGUACAUGCAAUGCCUGAUUUUAUGCCCG